AUGUGCCCCCGUUUCCUCUUUGAGUUCUCCAGCUUGCUCAUUGACAUCUCUGAAUUUUGGGAAUUGAUUUGGUGCAGUCCUAAAAAAAAAAACCCCAAGCCCACAACAAACAAAAAAUCCAAAAGAAAUGCAUUCACACUGAAUUUAAGAAAUAACAAUAAUUUGGAUGCCUGUUGUGCAGUUCUCUCUCAGGAGAGCACGAAGUAUCUCUACGGUGAAGGAGACCUAAGUUUUUCGGAUGAUUCUGGGAUACCUGGACUACGAAAUCACAUGACAUCUCUUAACUUGGAUUUGCAAUCACAGAAUGUGUAUCACCAUGGAAGAGAUGGAAGUAGAAUGAAUGGAAGUAGGACUCUAGCUCACAGCGUUAGUGAUGGACACCUUCAAACCAGUCAGUCCAACAAUGAACUGUUUCAACAAGAACCACAGACAGCACCUGCACAGGUUCCACAAGGAUUUAAUGUCUUUGGGAUGGCUAAUGCAGUUAGUACUUCUAAUCCAGGGCAGCAUCUUGGAUUUCACCUAGGCAGCAAAGGAGUAUCUAACUUGUCUCAGCAAACGCCCAGAUUCAACCCCAUUAUGGUAACUUUAGCCCCAAAUAUUCAGCCUGGUCGCAAUACCCCUACAUCUUUGCACAUACAUGGUGUACCUCCUCCUGUGCUUAACAGCCCACAGGGAAAUUCUAUCUAUAUUAGACCUUACAUCACAACUCCUAGUGGUCCUGUUCGACAGACACAGCAGCAGCCAGGCUGGGCAUCUCAGUUUAAUCCCGUGCAUCCUCAGCAAGUCUACCAGCCAUCGCAGCCAAGUCCCUGGACUACUCUUCCAGCAUCCAGUACUACGCCACAUACCUCAUCACAACACUCAACACAGUCAAAUCAGCAAGGCCACCAGACUUCUCAUGUCUAUAUGCCUAUCAGUUCUCCUACUACUCCACAAGCUCCUAUGAUUCAUUCAUCUGGUAGCUCACAAUCCUCUGCUCAUAGCCAAUACAACAUUCAGAAUAUAUCCACAGGACCUCGCAAAAACCAAAUUGAAAUCAAACUUGAACCACCACAAAGAAACAGUUCUUCUAAGUUGCGUUCAUCUGGCCCUCGUACCUCCACUACUCCCUCUUCCCUCAACAGCCAGACAUUAAGUAGAAGUCAACCCACUGUUUACAUAUCGGCCAGUCCUCCAAAUACUGAUGAAGUGAUCACACGUGGUCAGCCGAAGGUCUACAUUUCAGCAAAUGCCACAACAGGAGAUGACCAAGUUGUGCGGAACCAGCCCACGCUUUUCAUAUCGACAAAUCCUGGAGUAUCUACCACUUCUAGGAAUAUGUCUGGUCAAGUAAGCAUGGGUCCUGCAUUUAUUCAUCACCAUCCACCCAAGAGUCGAGCGGUGGGCAACAGCACCACUGCAACCUCUCCUCGAGUGGUGGUUACGCAGCCUAACACAAAAUAUACUUUUAAAAUUACAGUUUCUCCAAAUAAGCCCCCUGCAGUUUCCCCAGGGGUAGUAUCCCCAACAUUUGAACCUACAAACCUCCUAAACCUUCCUGAUCACUAUGUUGAACCAGAGGGUAUCCAGCAUCUUACUGACCCUGUUUUAGCACAUGUGGAUAGGAUCAGUGAUGCACGGAAAUUGAGUAUGGGAUCUGAUGAUGCUGCCUACACGCAAGCUUUGCUGAUACACCAGAAGGCCAGGAUGGAGCGACUUCAGCGAGAACUUGAGAUUCAAAAGAAAAAGUUGGAUAAACUAAAAUCAGAGGUCAAUGAAAUGGAGAAUAAUCUAACACGAAGGCGCCUGAAAAGAUCGAAUUCUGUUUCCCAAAUUCCAUCACUGGAAGAAAUGCAACAGUUAAGAAGUUGUAACAGACAGCUGCAGAUAGACAUAGAUUGCCUAACCAAAGAGAUUGACCUUUUUCAAGCAAGAGGACCACAUUUUAAUCCCAGCGCUAUCCACAAUUUUUAUGAUAAUAUUGGAUUUCUUGGUCCGGUGCCACCAAAACCCAAAGAUCAGAGGUCCAUUGUGAAAGCACCAAAGACUGUUCCAGACACAGAUGAAGAUGAGGGAGCUCAGUGGAGUUGUACUGCCUGUACUUUUUUAAAUCAUCCAGCCUUAAAUCGCUGUGAACAGUGUGAAAUGCCCAGGCAUUUCUGAGCCAACAGGCCCAUUUCCUUUUGUUAAACCAUAGUAAAUGUACCAGGAACUAUCCAGUCA